AUGUCGAAUGAAGCAUGUAAUCUAUGUAAAAGAAAAAGAGAAAACCUAAACAUGACCAACUGGACUCGACAUAUAAUGUCUUGUAAAAAAAAGAGACUUUCAUCUGGUCAAAGUAUAAAGUCUUUUUUCAAACAGAAACCUUCUACAUCUACUGAUAUAGCUAUUGGAUUAAAUGACGACAUUCAAACUGAGAACGCUGAUCUUUUAGAAACUGAAGAUGAUGAACUGUCAAAUUCUCAUAGUGCUACACAUGAUUUACCUAAACUAGAAGGAUUAAAUGACGACAUUCAAACUGUGAAAGCUGAUGUUUUAGAACCUGAAUAUGAUGUGCUGUCAAGUUCUCAUAGUGCUACACAUGAUUUACCUAAACUAGAAGGAUUAAAUGACGACAUUCAAACUGAGAACGCUGAUCUUUUAGAAACUGAAGAUGAUGAACUGUCAAGUUCUCAUAGUGCUACACAUGAUUUACCUAAACUGGAAGUAUUUGAAAAUGAUCCAGCAUCUAUUCCAUUAGUGAUAUCAGAUGAAGUGUUGCAUUAUUAUAUGUCCCUUGGUCCAUGUCAGCCAAAUGCUCAUGAUUUAUUAAAUAAUACAUUUCCCAAGACAUAUGAAAAAAGUGGUCAUAUAAGAUCAUUUAAUGAAUGCUAUUAUUAUAAAAAAAAUAAUGAUGGACAAUGUAUACGGAGGUCUUGGUUAUCAUACUCACCAUCUACAGAUCGAAUAUUUUGUUCAACUUGUAAACUUUUUGGUUUACCAGAUACUAAGAAAACGUUUUUAGUAAAAUGUGGAUCUAAUGAUUUUAAAAAUAUUACACGGACUUUAUCUAACCACGAAUGCUCACCAGAACAUAUGCAAAGUGUGAUAGCACAUGGUUUGUACGUGAGAAAUGAUCGGAUUGAUCUGAAACUCAUCGAAAGUGCCAAUCGCCAGGUAGCUGAUAACCGAGAACUUUUAAGUCAAAUUAUUGAUGCUCUUAUUUACAUUGGAAGACAAAAUAUAGCUUUGAGGGGCCAUCAUGAAGGCAUUGAUUCAAAUAAUAGAGGAAAUUUUUUGGAAUUAGUUAAACUUUUAUCAAACAAUCAUGGUCCUUUGAAACGUCAUUUAGAACAAAUUGAUAGUAAAAAAAAAAAUCGACUGACAUUUUUAUCUAAUGUUACCCAAAAUCACUUAUUAAAUAUUAUAGCGGAAGUAAUUAGAUCUAAAAUAUUGAAUGAAGUAAAAAAAUCUGGGCAGUUUGCUGUAAUAAUUGAUACAACAACCGACAUUAGCAAUUUGGAACAAUUUACAUUUAUUCUUAGGUAUGUAAAUGAAGAAGGUCUUGUUCAAGAACGACUGGUUUCAUUAGUGACAGCAUCAGAUGCAACUGGACUGGGUAUGUUUGAAGUAUUUUGUAAAAUAACUAACAAAUAUAAUAUUGAGUGGAAGACACAAUUGAUAGCUCAAGCAUAUGAUGGCGCUGCAUCUAUGCAGGGACAAUAUUCUGGUUUAAAAACCAGGAUACAACAUGAAAAUCCACGUGCUAUAUAUAUUUGGUGUUGUGCGCAUUUGUUUAAUUUAGUAGUGGUUGAUACAUGUGAUUGUUGUAUUGUCUCCAAACGUUUUUUCGGAGAUGUUGGAAGUUUAGUUGAAUUUAUGAGGGCAAGAAAGAGAACAGCUAUUUUUGUAAAAUUGCAAGAACAGUUAUAUCCUAACAAGCGUCUACGUCGAAUGAAGCGGUUCUCAACAACACGAUGGACCUCUCAUGAUAGGGUAUUGAUUGUUAUAAAUGAAAAAUAUUCUGCAUUAUUGGAAACACUGGAAGAAAUUUCUGAUGCGAAUAAUUCUGACCGCGAAACUGCUUCAACUGCUGAGAAUCUAAUUAGCAAAAUAACAUCAUUUCAAUUUAUUUUGAUGAUGUUAUUUUUUAGAAAAAUAUUUGCCAUUACUACUGAAGUGUCUAAAUAUCUACAAUCAAAGGAAAUUGAUUUUGUACAGGCAAUUAAUUUGAUUGAUGUUGCUAAAAACCGGUUAGUAGAGAUGAGAUCAGAACAAGGCUGUAAAGAUUUAGUUGACCAAACAAAACUGUUUUCAGUGGAAAAUAAUCUUACGGAGAGGGAUUUUUCUCAGGUAAGACUGAGGAGAAAAAAAAUUAUGCCUGGAGAACAAGCAAGAGAUGAGCUUUUAUCUAACCAGGAAGAUAAUUUUCGGACUGAUGUUUUUUAUAGGAUUUUGGAUACAAUUAUUUCGUCGAUUGAAAAUAGAUUUUCCGAGUCUCGAAAUAUACUUAAAGAUUUUACUUUACUUUCACCUGAACGUUUAAAAUGUAUUAAAAAUGAAAAUGAUUUACCCAAUGAUGCUUUUAAAUCCAUUUCAAACUGGAUUUCAAUUGACCUCACUCAACUUAAAACUGAAUAUGUUACGUUUAGUAAAAGCUUAGACAAAUUGCUGAAUGGUAUGAAUAUAAACAUGCAGUAUCAAAACCAUGACAAACAGACAAGUGAUUUUGAUUCAGAGAAUGAUAGUGAAAUAAGUGAAAAUGAUGUCGAAACUUCAGAAAAUAAAAUAACAUGCCUGCAAAUUCUUAAAAUUUUAUCUAGCUAUGACCUUCAACACGCUUUUCCAAACUUAUUUAAAACAUACAAAGCACUUGGGACAAUACCUGUAUCUUCUGCAUCUGCAGAAAGAAGCUUUUCAAAGGUAAAGCUUAUUAAAACAAGACUUCGCUCAACCACAGGUCAGUGUCGGAUGGAAAGCUUAUUGAUGUUAAGUAUGGAAAGAGAUAUACCAAUAAACCAACAGGAAGUAAUUGAUAAGUUUGCUCAAACAUCAUCCUUAUUGAAAAAAAAUUUGAUGUUUAAAUAG